UUAGACUAAAAAGUUGGUCAGCUGAUUGCAAAUGUCCUAUUCAAAUUGUUAAGACGUUGUUUUCCUUUUGCUUAUGUGUUAGUUUAAAAAACGAUGUAGGUACUUGUGCCCAUUUCAUGCGUGCCACUGUGAGUGUUGGUAUCUAUAUUGGCUCAGCCUUACCCCCUAACCCGCCAGCACCUUCUGUAGGAAGUUGCUUCCAGCUGUUGCUCCUAGUACUUAACACAGCUCUGCUUUAAUUUGAUCUGUGGGAUAAUGGCUCAGGUAAACAGGCCUUUAUCAAGUGCACAGUGCACACCUUUUCACCCCUGUUUGGUGUUCUGGCAGCGCUAGUUUGCCCCCUCCCUUUGUCAUUUACUGAAUGCCCUAGAUUCAGCCCUUGGCUAUUGAAAUCCCCGCCACUGGCCUGGGAUUCCCGUAGUGGGCCCCCCACAUGGGAGCCUCCCUCACCUCUCACCUCCAGUUUAUAGUGCUAAAACAUGGGCUUGUCAGAGGCUCCCUCCCAUACAUGUGGCUAGCUCCUGUGGCUAUUGACUGUGGAGAAAAGAUAGGCAGAGAGGCAGCAGAUAGAAAGCGAUUGAGAGAAAAGGAGGCGGGAGAUUAAAUUACCCAGACAGGAAGAAUAUUGAGGGGAAAAGACAUUUGUGACUAUUGAGUGAGGCUGGUCUGGAGUUUGCUACUGGUCAUAUGUGUGUGGAAGUAAGUGUGAGCAGCAGGCCGGAUUAGCAGAUCAAGUGAACAGACAGUCGUGUGGCGGGAGUGAGCCUGAUUUGGCUGAUCUACCUUGUAAUGGAGUGUAAAUAUCAACCCUAGUGGUAAAGGAAACAUCAUUGAAGAUUUGGAAUGUAAUCCAUGACUGGUAGCCGUGGACCUCCCGUCACAAUGAAUGACAUGGACAGACAUAUUCAGCAGACCAAUGAUCGCUUACAGUGCAUCAAACAGGCUUUGCUUUUGAGUGGCUCCGAUUGUCCCGGUAUUUGUACAGAUAAGCAUCUAUCCACCCCACAGGGGUUUCAGAAUGCAGCCCGGGAACUUCUGGAAUGGUGCUCAGAUCAACGCGCCUUUCAGCGACCUUUUGAGAAUGGCUUGAUGGGAUGUUUAACAGUGGUAAGUCAGGUGUCUACAAAACCAGGCUAUGAUCUGGACCUUGGCUAUCGGUUGUUAGCAGUAUGUGCGGCCCACAGGGAGAAAUUCUCACCAAAGUCGGCAGCUAUGCUGUCGAUGUGGUGUGAAGAACUAGGCCGACUGUUGUUACUACGCCACCAGAAGAACCGUAACCCGGACUCCAGCAAGUCCCCACCGGGCAUGCACCCACAGUUACAGAAGGGGAUGCCCCCAGGUCCUGUCCCACCAAAUGAUGCAAAUUCAGCUUGGAACGUUGGAAACCAGUCUUUGUCAGUAGUUACCACAGUGUGGGGCGUCACACAAACCACGCAGAGUGGUCCUGUCACCCACAGUACCCCAGGAUACACCAAUACCACCAUGUCCACCACUCCCUACACACAACAACCCAUGGGAUUUCCUGGAAAUGGCAUGCAGAAAGGCCCUUAUGGCAACCCUCCCAACAUGCCCUAUCGACGAGAGCCAGGGGCGUACGGGCGGCCUGGCUACCCUCCCACCCCCAACACCCCAGGCUCCUCCCCGGCAGUGUCUGGAUCCAAUGACUAUCAGGCACCCCCAGGGGCUCUGUCAGCGGCUGCGUUUGUAGCAGCUGCUGCUACAGCGACUGCAACGGCUACAGCAACAGCCAGCAUGGUGUUACAAGAGCAGCAAAACCAGCAGCAGAUGAACAUGAAUAUGAAUAUGAACCUCAAUGGCCAGUAUGGCCAUCAGAUGCCACAUGGCCAGCAGUUUGGUAACCAGUAUGGUAUGCCUGGCCAGAGGCAUCCUGGUCCCAUGGGUCCCGGCCCAGGCCCCAUGCCCAGCAAACCGGGACUAGGCAACAUGUAUGGGGGGCAGAGAAGGCCUGGUCCUUACCCAUCACAUCACCAAAUACAGCAAAAACGCCACUUCCCUAAUGGUGCACCACAGUAUUUACAGCCUGGUUAUGGUCAGGCCCAGCAGCAGUUCCCUGGGAAGGGCCAGUACCCUCCCUCACAGCAACCCCUCCCUUCCCCCACGUACGGGGCACAUCCUCAGCAACUACGCCCUAAUGGCCCUGCGCCACCGUACAACAACGGUCCCAAUCAAUAUAUGGUGCCGGGGCCUUACUCCACUCGCCCCCAGCAGCCUCAACAUCCUCAGCAUCCUCAACAUCCACCCGGUUUCCCUCAGAUGGCCACGCAGCAAAACUUUCCUCCCUAUUCUCCCAUACCAGGGAACCCCACCCCACCCAUGACACCAGGUACGACAAUGCCCCCUUACGUCUCACCUGGGCAGCCAGAUGUGAAAGGCAACUUCCCAGAUAUCAAACCUACGUUUCCCAUUAAAAAAGAAAAUGAGGAAUUGAGGUUGACGUUUCCAGUUCGAGAUGGUGUAGUUUUACCUCCUUUUCGAUUGGAGCACAAUUUGGCUGUCAGUAAUCAUGUCUUCCACCUCCGUGAAUCUGUCUAUCAAACGCUCAUGUGGAGGUCAGACUUGGAAUUACAGCUCAAGUGUUUUCACCACGAGGAUCGGCAGAUGAAUACCAACUGGCCAGCAUCCGUGACGGUCAGCGUGAAUGCCAAACCUCUAGACAUAGAGAGGGGAGAGAACAAGACGUCUCACAAGCCCCUCUAUCUGAAGGAGGUGUGUCAGCCGGGGCGGAACACCAUACAGAUCACUGUCACGGCAUGUUGUUGUUCUCACUUGUUUGUGUUACAACUGGUGCACCGGCCGAGUGUUCGAUCAGUGUUGCAAGGUCUGCUGAGGAAGAGACUGCUGCCUGCUGACCAUUGCAUUACCAAAAUCAAAAGGAAUUUCACAAAUGUUGCUGCAAGUAACAACCAACUAAACCAAGAAGAUGGUGUGGAGCAAACAGCAAUUAAGGUAUCGCUCAAGUGUCCAAUCACCUUCCGGCGGAUUACAUUGCCAGCCAGGGGGCACGAUUGCAAACAUAUUCAGUGUUUUGACUUGGAAUCAUAUUUGCAAUUAAACUGUGAGAGAGGAUCAUGGAGGUGUCCUGUUUGCAAUAAAGCGGCAUUGUUGGAGGGUUUGGAGAUAGACCAGUAUAUUUGGAGUAUAUUAACUAAUUUGGGGAACACAGAGUUUGAAGAGGUGACCAUUGAUAAUACAGCGAGUUGGAAGCCUGUACAGCUGAAAAAUUCUAUCAAGGAUGAAGAAGCUGACCCAUGUGGUAUGAAUGCACGGUGGAUGAAGCCGAUGUCGCCGUCAAGUAUGACAAUGCCGACGUCCAGUAGUUGGGACAUGGGUCAUCAACCCUCUCCAUACAACAUGCCCCAGCCUGCAGGAUCAGGUCCAGGGUUCGGAGGGUCAUUUGGAGGGGGACCUCCCCCCAUAAGUCCAGGCUGCUACCCUCCAGGAGGAAUGGACUUCUCAGGACCACUCUCCCACAUGGGUGACAACAUGCACCCUCAGGAGAUGAUGCAUCAGUCUGAUAAACAGUUCAAUAAAGGUGUGAUACACAGACAGUUCGCUCCCCAACCAAGCCCCGGAGAUCAUCAUUUACAGCACCCGUCAGAGCCUCACCUUAACAUGACUGGUCAGAUCCCUGUCUCCAACCAAUCACAACCACUCUCCCACAACAACGGCAGUCAUCCAUUAAGUCACCACCCAGCUCCAAACCAUACCGCCCACAAUACCAGCGAUGCUCAAACCCCUAACCCGGAAUCCAACCCUGCCAAUGACCUCAACUUUGACCCGGCAGCCAUAAUUGAUGGGGAGACCUCAACGCCGGGUCUGGAUCUCCUACCAGAGAACAUCGGUGAUCCCAUGGAAUUGUUAUCAUACCUUGGUCCACCUGAUAGUUCUGGAGAUGUCAGUGGUGGAGGAACCAAUGGCACGGCAGCAAAUGGUAACAGUGCUAGCAACAGUGAUGAUUUGUUAGCGUUGUUUGAACCUUGAUUUUAGCCAUGCUGUGGACUGAGAAGAGACAGCAUCGUUAUGUGCUGCUGAAGAGAAUCUGUGGACAGGGACUAUAGACGCCACAGUAACACAGCUGAUGUGCUUUGUGGGGACGUGUGCAAAGUGCUGUUUGAAAGAAGAGCCAGUGGGGCUGCUUGGAAGAGCAGCUGGUGGGGCUGUUUUGAAGGGUAGUGGUGGAGCCACUUGCAAAAGAAACUAGCAGGGUUGUUUGCAAGAGCAGCUAGUAGGGUUUGCUUGCAAGAGCACCCUUACCAGAUGGACAGCCAAUCUGACUGGCCAGUGGGACAGUCAGAUGUGAACUGAACUCAGCACAGCAUGAAAGGACCGGGAAUGGCAACUGUUCAUCAGUGACAUUUAACAAAUGACUAUUGUUCAUAUUUACAAAGGGCAGCAAUGACCACAUGUUUUAGCCAUACAUACUUAAUAUACCAUGUGACUAGGUACAUAUGUACAUAUGUGACUGUAUAAAUCUCUAUAUAUUAUAUUUAAUGUUUGGCCCUUGUAUGUACAUGUAGCUUGUACACUUGACCGAGCCAGACAGAGGGCUUCCUUGUGUCAGGGCAGUGGACUGGGCGUACGUGUGAAAUAUUUCUGAUCAUUGUUCAUUGAGUCGGGUAGAGCUUGUCUUGACCAGUGGUCAUCUGCCCCGUUAAGUACACACACAUCAGUGAUUUUACUGUCUCCAAGCCUGAUUGUAUCCCAUGCUUGUGGCUUCAGUUCAGUGGUUUUACCUGCACAGGUGUGUACCUAGACUCGCACAAAGAACACUUACCUACAGAUGUUGUGCUUUAUGAAAAUGAUACUUCAUUGAAUUGACAAUAUUGUGGAUGAGUAUUAACUGCUAGGUCAAUUUGUCCAACAUAUCAAUAUUUGUAUUAAAUUAGCUCAGUUUCAUUCCCAGUCAGCCAGACAGUGUUCGUAUUUGUGCUGAACAUGUCACUAAACAUACAGCAGAUAACCUGGAAAGCUAGGUGUGUCUGACAGUUAUAUAAUUAGACAGUAGAAUGAACCUCGUAUCUAUAUCAUCACAGAUCAUCUCGUCUCUCUGGCAGUGAAAUACCAGAGCACUUGAGAUUAGCAUAUAAUUGUUAGCUUGUCUUUGGGCAACAUUUAGUACAGAAAAGCCAACCAUAUACAAGAUUGUCAAAAAUUGUGCAAAGUGCAAAAGCAUUUAGGUUGUUAUCAUUGGUGGCUAUAUGAAUGGCAUCAUUCAAAUAUCUAUUAGCGAUAAUAGAUGAUCUGUAUCCAGAUUGCCUGAAUAAUUCAACAAAAAGACCUUGCAGAUUAUAUUUAAUGUUAGAUCAUUGAGUGUGCUGUAGGUUAUCCCUAUUAAGACAACCGUUUUAGGAGCCAUGACACAGUUUACCUCGGCGAAACCAUAUAAUAACUUGCAAUAUUCUCUGAAAGAAGCCUACUUUGAAGCUGUGAGGUUAUGCAUUUUUUCUGGCAACUGUACAUACAAAAUUUGAUUUUCUUAGAAGUGGUUUUAUCGUGGCUAGCUUUAUACAAGAGCUAAUCUACCAAAAGUCUGAAUCUUGAUUCAAGAGACAGAUUAUAAGCUGAGGCAACCAAAGUUGAAUGUUCUCUAAAUGGAAAUAUUUUCAUUCCUUAAAAUGUUUUUAAUCGGAGGUAAAAUGUGCAAUGCUUUACAUGCAUUGUGCUUGUGAUAAGUAAAGGCUUAUCUUGCACUCAGCGCACAAUGUGUGUCCAAUCUAAGCGAUGUUUUGACUAAGUGAAAAUGCAACAGGGUUAUGUCAUUUCUAGUUUGUAGAAAAUGGGUGAAAUUUUAACCAUUUAGUUGAUUUAGAAUAACUGUCGUAACUGGGUUGUGAAAAUUCAAGGCAAAAAAAUUCCACUACUUUCCAUGCAUCUAGUUAUAUUCGUAAUGGUGAAAUCCAGAAGACAGUUAUGACCUGAUUUUAUGCAUGCAUCAUUCUGAAUGAAGUCAUUGAUGACCUGGAAACCUGUUGGGUCACUUGAGUCAUCUACACAAAGCCGUAAAAAUCUGGAAUAUUCUAUGUAAAUUCUUCUGUCAGGUUGCAUGAUCAUUAAGUUAAGCCAACUUUUGCUAUGAUUUCACCAAAUGACAAUUUGGCCAGAUCAAGGUAAUCUCCCAGGAGAGCCCAUAUCGCUGGCAUAAGGACUCUGAACUGAUCCGCUCUGAAAUCAAAAUAAGAGAAAUAAUUAUAUUGACAACAGGGACAAUGUUGGUCUCAUCUGUUAUGUAAAUAAGUAUUUAUGUGAAAACUGUAUUAUAUUAAAAUGUGACAAACCAAAACCGACCACAUGUUGUCUAUGCUUGACCAGACUUUGUUACAUCUGUGUUUUAACUUGUAUGUCUAUGCUUUUAAAUUAUGUAACUGUGGCAUUGACUUUUGUCACUGGACAUGUUUAGUGUAUGAUCAUGCAUGUUUUAUUUAUAAAACCUUUCAUGUAUGGUUGUAAAAUAUUCAAAUUGACUAUUGCAAUUUUUAAGAACUCAAUAAUAUUACUUUGUUUUGUCGUCCAAUGUCUUGCGUAAUGACUUGUAAAAUGGUGUAUAAAUUGAGUAAAUUGCAAUAUAACGGCCAUCUGUGGACUAAGAGUGGCUAGAUAGGUAGUAGAUUAUAUAAGUAUAUAUAAAUAUAUAUAUUAUUAUUCUAAAUCUAACCUGGUUCAGUCUACCCCCCAGGUUGUGUCCUGUUUUAGAUAUACCACUUUCUAGCCAUUCAAAGAAUAUUCACUUGUUCGCUGGCAUCACACAAUGAGCCUCCAUCCCCCACCACCUGUUAUCAAGAUCACAUACUUCCUAUACCGUACUUCAACACUUCCUGGUAGCAAAGAACCCAGAUUAUUUAUUGAUGCACUGGACUGGUUUUUGACCAUGUACAAGGUGCUAAAAACUUGUGUUCACUCCAUCGUUCUGCUGUAGGUGACAAAAGACCUUGUUGGUCUGCAGUUUUAGUUAUGGGUAUUUUAUCAGUCGGAUCUAUCAUGUCUGUCACUUUCUUUUCACACAACUACCUUAUCCUUCUCUUUUUCAGGAACAUCUGCUUUCCCAUCAUUCUUCUCAAGACAAAUUUUCUUCGUUCCUUGAUUGAGUUAAAAACAAUAUCUCUAUAACGAAUUGAACUGAGCCAACCAAACACAAGCAAAGCACAAGGUUGUUAUCUCUUGCACACCAACUCAUGCAUUCUUUUAUUAACUUAGAAAACCUAUUAAAUUUUUCCUUCCCACUGCCGUUGAAUGGAUGUAUACAGCAGAUGGAAAGCUGUACAUGUGCUAACUCUAUACCAGUAUCGUCUGUUUUCUGACCAGUGAUGGGUCUGUGCAUUUCUUUCCUUUCACCUCUUAAGGAGAUUUGUCUGUUCUGGGUAUGCAAUAAAUAUUUUUAGUCUGUAAAUCCAGAUUGCAAUACUGAUGACUAUUUCAUAUCUUACAUACUUUGUACUUGGCCUUUUGUAAGCCCUUCGCUGUCAUCACUGAUAACCAUCUUCAGUUUGUCUUUGUACAGAGAUUAGGGAUCAGAAAGACUACAAAUCAUUGAUCGUUCAGUGUCAUAACUCCGGGGGUCUUAUUGCACCAAAUAAGUACUUUAGUCCCUUUCAUGUGAUCAUUAUUUAUCUAAUAAAAUGCCAAAUA